AUGGGUCCAAUAUCAAGUUCUUGGAGCUUCAACAAAUUUUUCUCAAUAGUUUUCGUCGUUUUUGCCAUCUCCGGCGAGUUCGUAGCCGGAUACUACCGACCAGGCCCAUGGAGAUAUGCUCACGCCACUUUCUACGGCGAUGAGACCGCUAGUGAAACCAUGGGUGGUGCCUGUGGGUACGGAAACCUGUUUAACAGCGGCUACGGCGUGUCCACGGCUGCGCUAAGCACAACGUUGUUCAAAGACGGUUACGGAUGCGGCCAAUGUUUUCAGAUAACGUGUACGAAGUCGCCACAUUGUUACUAUGGAAACCCAUCGACGGUGGUCACAGCUACAAACCUUUGCCCUCCUAACUGGUACCAAGACUCCAACAAUGGUGGUUGGUGCAAUCCUCCUAGAUCCCAUUUCGAUAUGGCUAAACCGGCUUUCAUGAAACUCGCUAACUGGAAGGCCGGUAUCAUCCCAGUUGCUUACCGCAGAGUUCCAUGCAAAAGGGUUGGAGGUAUGAGGUUUCAAUUCCAAGGAAAUGCUUAUUGGCUACUCAUCUUCGUCAUGAACGUCGGAGGCGCCGGAGAUAUCAAGAGCAUGGCCGUGAAAGGUAGCCGGACGAACUGGAUAAGCAUGAGUCACAAUUGGGGAGCCUCUUACCAAGCUUUUUCCUCUCUCUACGGUCAAGCUCUCUCUUUCCGGGUCACUUCUUACACCACCGGUGAAACCAUCUAUGCUUGGAAUGUUGCUCCGGCUAACUGGAACGCCGGUAUAACUUACAAGAGCAGCGCCAAUUUCCGUUGA